GUCGAGGGAGCCCGGCCGCCCUGCGCUUCCAGCCUCUGCGUCCCCGAGGCCGCGCCAUGCGGUGAGCGUCCCCGGCCCUGCCCCACCCGACUCGACGGACGCGCGGCCCCGCCGACACCCCAGGACCUGUAGACACCCCAGGACCCGCAGACAUCCCCCGACCCUCCGGGCCCCGCUCAAGAUGCCCAGAGGCUCCGUCCUCCUGCUCGCCUCCCUGCUCCUCGCCGCGGCCCUUUCAGCCACCCUGGGCCUCGGGUCACCGGUGAAGGAGAAGAGAGGCUGGACCCUGAACAGCGCUGGCUACCUUCUCGGACCACAUGCCAUCAAUAACCACAGGUCACUUCUUGACAAGCAUGGCCUCGCCGGCAAGCGGGAGCUCAAGCCUGAAGACGAAGCCAGGCCAGGAAGCUUUGAUAGACCGCUGGCGGAGAACGACGUCGUGCGCACGAUAAUCGAGUUUCUGACUUUCUUGCAUCUCAAAGACGCUGGGGCCCUGGAGCGCCUGCCCGGUCUCCCCACGGCAGAGUCCGCAGAAGACGCCGAGCAGUCCUGAGCAGGCUCCCGGGGUGUCGGGCUCCCCGUUGUCAUUCGCGGUCGUGCUCGAAGAGGAUGCCCAUCAUGUGGCAACCACCCCGUCCCCACUGCCCUGAAGCUGUGUCCUUACCAUUUCAGAUUUUUCCCCCUUGGUCAUAAGUUUGAGUGGCAAAAUAAAAAAA